UACGACGUCAAAGGAGUGCACACACAUACACGCGCACGCACACACGCACACGCACGCACAUAAACACACGCUCAGAGGAUAGAUAGGACUGGAGAACCAACAGACUGACAAUUCCCUGCGCUCCACUGAAGGAAGCCGAAAUAUCCAACACAUUCACGUCGGUCGGGUCGGCGAAACAUUUGGGGGAUUUUUGUCUGAGAAAAGAAAAGAAAAGAAAAGAAAAAUCUCGGGAGCGUCACGUUAAAGGAGGCAAAACUCGCUCGCUCGCUCCUUUCCGAAUGAAGCCUUGUUAAAUCUGCUUUCUAAAAGGAUUUCAAGAGCCACCACAAGUCCAAUGAACUGAAUCGUUGAGACUGAACAAGUCCGAGGCGGAAGACAGCCAGGCAGGCAGCCAGGCAGCCAGGCAGCCAGGCAGGCAGGCAGCCAGCCAGCCAGCCAGCCAGGCAGGCGGGCAGCCAGGCAGGCGUCCACUGUUUUCGUCCAUUCUUUGCCAAGAGCAGCACCACAGACUCUCAAUGAAGGAGCCUGACGCAAUCAAGCUCUUCAUUGGGCAAAUACCCCGAAACCUGGAGGAGAAGGACCUGAAGCCCAUCUUUGAGCAAUUUGGCAAGAUUUAUGAGCUGACAGUGAUAAAGGACAAAUACACUGGGAUGCACAAAGGAUGCGCCUUCCUGACGUACUGCGCACGUGAGUCGGCUCUAAAAGCCCAGAAUGCACUGCACGAGCAGAAGACGCUGCCAGGGAUGAACCGUCCCAUCCAGGUGAAGCCAGCAGACAGUGAGAGUAGAGGGGAAGACAGGAAGCUGUUUGUGGGCAUGCUGGGAAAGCAGCAGACGGACUCCGAUGUCAGAAAGAUGUUUGAACCCUUUGGCAGCAUCGAGGAGUGCACGGUGCUCCGCGGGCCCGACGGUACCAGCAAAGGGUGCGCAUUUGUAAAGUUCCAGAACAACGUGGAGGCCCAGGCUGCUAUCAACGCUCUGCACGGGAGCCGUACUCUACCAGGAGCUUCGUCCAGUCUGGUGGUUAAGUUUGCCGAUUCGGAGAAGGAGCGGGGACUUCGGCGAAUGCAGCAGGUGGCCUCUCAGUUGGGAGUCAUCAGUCCCAUGACCCUGCACCUCGGGGCCUACAACGCCUACACGCAAGCUUUGAUGCAGCAGCAGGCGCUGGUUGCCCAGUCCGCCUACCUUUCUCCCGUUGCCACGGUGGCGGCCGUUCAGAUGCAACAGCUGGCUGCCCUCAACCCCAGCAGCAUCAUCGCCACACCCAUCGCAUCCAUCACUCCCUCCUCAGGAUUUCCUUGCCCUUCAUGUGCAGGUACCAGCACUCCACCCUCCAUUGCGGCCACACCUGUUCCUGCUCUGCCUCCAGCCAUCGCAGUGAGCAGCUACCCCUCCGUGGCAGCGCCACCCAACGGCCAAUCAGCAACCGAGGCCCUGUACACCAACGGGGUCCACGCCUAUCAAGCUCAGAGUCCUGUGCUGGACCCCCUGCAGCAAGCUUACACAGGCAUGCAGCACUAUACAGCCACCUAUCCCGCUGCCUACAGCCUGGUGGGGCAGCCGUUCCCCCACCAGCCCACCCUGGUAGCUCAGCAGCCGCAGCAGCCGCAGCAGCUGCAACAACGUGAAGGUCCGGAAGGUUGCAACAUCUUCAUCUACCACCUGCCUCAGGAGUUCACCGACUCUGAGAUCUUGCAAAUGUUCUUGCCCUUUGGAAAUGUCAUCUCAGCCAAGGUCUUUGUCGACCGUGCCACCAACCAAAGCAAAUGCUUCGGCUUUGUGAGUUUCGACAACCCAUCCAGUGCUCAGACUGCCAUCCAAGCCAUGAAUGGCUUCCAGAUAGGCAUGAAGAGACUGAAGGUGCAACUGAAAAGGCCCAAAGAUGCAAACAGACCUUACUGAAGGAGGACAAUUUAGGAGUUCAAUCAAGAAAAACCACCUCGGGAUGUCCCAGCCUUGUUUGGUUGUUUGACCAACCAUAAUAGCACAUAGGAGCAACACUUUACACACACACAGAGAAAAAAAAGACAAUGACGUGAUUUAAAAAUACACCCAAAAUACCAAAACACGACUAACUGCAGUAAUAUCAUCCAGCCACAAAUACUACAAUAUCAGAAGCGCUCCAAGAGUUCCUAU